CACCACCUAUAAACGUCACAAGAAGAAGAAGAGGCACUGCCUCUGAGGCAGUCAGGUAUCAAUGAACGUUGCCUGAACCACAUUUGUGUGGUAUUCAUAUGUUUAAAACCUUUUAAAUGAAAACGAAAAGAGGCAGAGUGGUGUUUAACUGAGCGAGCGUUAUCAAGUUCGCUGCUGUACCAUUUGCUGAAUCCUCCCGUCCUCCUGAGCCGAACUUAUCCGAACUAACAUGAGAAACGCGUCUUGUCAGUUCUCUUUCUGCCGUCCUCUCGAAAUCCCAGAAGCGACAGAUAACGGAAACACCAGUCUUCAGCGUCAUUCUGGCUUUCUACAUCCUUGAAAAUGAGAGAAUGAACUGACUGAGAUGGACAAUUUUAACAUGUUUGUCAGUAACAAGGACAUUGUCAGAUCUGAUGCUGGGCCAAAUGUCAGCGCUGCAGCUCAGAGUGGAAGUCAGAUUACAGCACCUGUGCUCACUAACAAUACAAUAACAGGCGAUGUCAACAUCAUACAUAAUACACCUAGUUCUACUUCGAAUGGCCCACCCUCUGAAACAACACAAACCUCAGCAACAAGAUCUGUGAUCUUAAAAUAUAAGGAGCUGAUCUGCAGGGAGUAUCAGUGUGUGACCGAGUAUAACUCACUGCCUGGUGAACAUGUGCUGCUGUCUGAGUGCUACACACAACCUCUGAUCCUUCAGAGACAUAGAGAUCAAAAAGAAAGAGAAGAAGAGAUCAGAUCCAGUGGAGAAAGCUUCCAGCAGGUCCUCAGCGCCCGGAGCAGUGAUGACUCUGUCCAUCUGAACUCUCUGUUCGACCCACAUGGACACGGGAUCCGUCCCAGUGCUGUUAUACUGCAGGGGAAUUCUGGGAACGGGAAAUCUUUCACUGUGCAGAAGAUCAUGAUGGACUGGGCAUCUGGUGACCUCUACAAAGAGCGGUUUGAUGUUGUGUUCCACUUGAAGUGUAAAGAAAUAAACCGCAUUUGUGGCAUAAAGAGUUUGGAGGAGAUCUUGAGCUGCAGUUGUAGUUUAACAUCAGAUCAGAUCUCACAGGUACUACAGCAUUCACCAGAGAAGAUGCUCUUCAUCAUCGAUGGAUUUGAUGAGCUGAGACUCACUCAGGACAUUAAUGACAUGUCACCACACACUGAUCUGCUUCAGAAAGCCCCAGCUGAGGUCAUUCUUUGUGACCUGCUGAGGGGUCGAAUCCUGCCAGAGUCCUUCCUUCUGGUCACCUCCAGAUCUACAGCCACAGAUACACUGAGUAAACUGCUCAAAGGACCUCAGCGUUUCUCUGAGAUUAUGGGAUUUUCAGAAAAGGGGGUAGAGGAGUACUUCCAGAAGUUUUUUCAAAAUGAGGAACUUUUCAGGAAGGCUUACACACUUGUGAAGACGAAUGAAACUCUCAUCACCGCCUGUUCCAUCCCUGUCGUCUGCUGGAUCAUCUGCACAACUAUCAAGGAACGACUCAAAACCGCUGCAGAUGUAACAAGUGGACUGGAAACCACCACCUCCAUCUACGUUGACUUUGUGUGCACGCUCUUGAAGCAUCACUGCCAGGGUUCAAGUCAGUCCAUCCCGACCCUGUUGAGGAGUCUGGGUCAGCUGGCAGAGAGAGGGAUGCUGGAACAGCAAGUCCUGUUGGAUAAAAAAAGUGUUUAUGAAACAGUUUCUGACCCUGCUGGCAGUCCGUUCCUGUGCAAGUUCCUGUUUAAGAGAAGAAUCCACCAGGAGACGAUGUUCAGUUUCAUGCAUCUCAGCUUUCAGGAGUUCUUCACUGCUCUGUACUAUGUUCUUCUGGAUGAAGAAGAGUCCCAGAGAAAAUUUACACAGCUAUUUCCCAUUGAUGAAAAAUCAAAUCAUUAUGAUAUUCGUCGUUCACAUUUUUCAGCUGUGGUGCAGUUUGCAUUUGGUCUGCUGAAUAAGGAUGCGAGAUGCACACUUGAGGAACAUGAUCUCUUUGUUCAUUCAAAAACACAGACUCAUAUGAAAGAAUGGAUUCUGAAAAUGGGUCAAAUUAAAGAUUCACAUAACAGACUUUUGUACCUUCACUGUCUCUAUGAACUUCAUGAAGAGGACUUUGUGAAAAAAGCUAUGGAAACCUGGAAAAGAAUUGAUGCAGAUGAUCAAUUCAUAAGCAGAACAGACUGCUGGGUCCUGCUGUACUGCUCUCAGUUCUGUCAGUGUAUAGAAGAACUGAAUCUUACAGGGUGCAGAUUAUCAUCUGAAAAUUUUCGUAUGAUUCUGGCUGUUUAUCACAAGUUUAAGAAAGUAAGGUUGAACGUAGAAGUUUCAACAGACUCUGAUCUUGAUCUUGAUGAACUGAUGUACGCUCUCGUAAGAGAACAGACCCUGAGAUCAUUGAGCAUUGAUGUCUACUUCAUAUUCAGAAAAUUUGAGGAUUGUUAUCUUCAAUUGUCAAUCGAUGAAGAAAUCAGUAUCUGCAUAGAAACUUCAUCAUCUUUGGAGUCGCUCACUCUCACCUUUCAGUGCCGAGAGCCAAUCAACAUUGAGUGGGCCAAACUUAUACAGAUAAUUCACCAAGAAGAUUCAGAUGCAUUAAUGUCAGUUCUUGAUUCUUUCUCUGAACUGAAAAAGAUGAAAAUGAUCCUGGACUGUCUAAGUAAGAUGUGGACUCAUUGGAUCCUCCAAAUCAUCCAGAGCUGCUCCAGUCUAACAUUACUCGACUUGUACGUACAAGUUUCAUCAGACUCUGAUCUUGUUGUUGAUGAACUGAUGUACGCUCUCACAAGAGAACAGACCCUGAGAUCAUUGAGCAUUGAUGUCUACUUCAUAUUUAGAAAAUUUGAUAAUUAUUCUCUUCAUUUGACAAACAAUGAAGAAAUCAGUGUCAGGAUAGAAACUUCAGCAUCUUUCGAUUCGCUCACACUCACCUUUCAAUGCCCAGAGCCAAUCAACAUUGAGUGGGCCAAACUUAUACAGAUAAUUCACCAAGGAGAUUCAGAUGCAUUAAUGUCAGUUCUCUGUUCUUUCUCUGAACUGAAAAAGAUAAACAUGAAACUACACUGUCUAAGUAAGAUGUGGACUCACUGUAUCCUCCAAAUCAUCCAGAACUGCUCCAGUUUAACAGAACUCAAGUUGAACAUAGAAGUUUCAACAGGCUCUGAUCUUGUUGUUGAUGAACUGAUGUACGCUCUCACAAGAGAACAGACCCUGAGAUCAUUGAGCAUUGAUGUCUACUUCAUAUUUAGAAAAUUUGAUAAAUAUUCUCUUCAUUUGUCAAACAAUGAAGAAAUCAGUGUCAGGAUAGAAACUUCAUCAUCUUUGGAGUCGCUAACUCUCACCUUUCAAUGCCCAGAGCCAAUCAACAUUGAGUGGGCCAAACUUACUCAGAUAAUUCACCAAGAAGAUUCAGAUGCAUUAAUGUCAGUUUUCUGUUCUUUCUCUAAACUGAAAAAGAUGGAAAUGAAACUACUCUGUCUAAGUGAGAUGUGGUCUCACUGUAUCCUCCAAAUCAUCCAGAACUGCUCCAGUCUAACAGAACUCGAGGUAGAUGCUGACAUUUUCCUGGAGGAAGGAAUCCAGAUCUUGCAGAGGUCACGCCCAAGACCAGGAUGUAGUGUGACAUUUCACGGGCACUUGUUUUGGGACUAAUGAUCCGGCUUGAUAACUAGGAGAAAACUGCCAAAGCAGCAUCUUUAGCUGGAGCUGAGGACGGGAAUAAAGACAUCAACCAACAAUAUCUAAAAUCAUUUAGGUGUGUUGUAAUAGUAAUGGUCAUCUAUCAAUUUAUUUGUAUAUUGAGUUUCACAAUACAUAUUGUUUCAAAGCAUCUUUACAGAGUUUUAUAUUGAUGCUUAAUUGUGUUUAACAGUUUAGAUCUGAAUGAUUGAAGUUUAUAUAUGAAGACAAUAUAACCUAUCAAACAUUUGAGAUUUGCUUUAUAGUGUGAUCAUGUGAGAUUAUUGUAUGUAUGCAUGCCGAAAAAAAUUGUAUAUAUGAGGUUUUAUGUGACGACAUGGAGAAUUUUUGUAAGUUUUGUAUGAUUUAUAAUAAUUUGGUGUUUUGACAAGCCUGUGUACUAUUUGAUUUGUUACUAUUUUGGUCAUCCACCUCUAGUUUAACGAAAGGCAUUUUACAAAAUAUCUCUAGUCCUCUAGUGUGCAAGCCAAAGGCGACUGUGGGAAGGAAUGAAAAAGUCCAUUUGAUGUUGGAUAAUGAAUAAAAACUUGAAAGAAUACAGGCUA